UCAUCCAUUCCAGUCACAUACGACCUAUUCGUGAAAACGACACUCCUACUGCUACAGAACAGUCGCCGUUUUGGAAGAAAAUAGCCGAAUCACUCCGUUUAAAAGGCAGUUUUAUAAUUGAAGAUGAUUUUAGCAUAAUACUGACUCGGCGUCUCCAGCUUUUGGCUUUCUUAAAGGUUGCUAACUGAACAUGGAGCGGUUCCGGCCACUGAUUUCACAAUCAAGUAACUUUGUAGGUUUCCUAGGUGGAUCUAGAGGAAAUUCCCCAUAUCCCUUGACUGCUGGGCUUGCCACUGAUGAUGAUGCUGUGUCGUUAGGCGAGGAUCCUAUCAAUAGCAUUAGUUCAGGAACUAAUGCGGAGAGGCUGAGUGUUCGAAAUGAAGACCACUUCAGUGUUGGCCAGCCAGGAAGGGUGCUUGGUGGUGCCUUGCCAUAUGAGCAAGAAUGGAUCCAGAUUUGCAAUUGUGCCGGGACCGAAUGUAUUCAAAAUUUGGGAAGAACAGGCGAGAUGCGAACGUGCCGGUUUCGUUCGAUAUGUUGGUUUUUAUAUUUAGGAGUAUUGCCUGGGGAUCAUACACAGUGGCUAAAAGUGGUUAGGGCAGAGCGAGAAAGAUAUGAAGAUGUCAGAUUAAGACUUUCAAUUACACCUGAUGUAGGAAAUGUUGCACUUGAUCCACUACUCAAUAACCCUCUAUCUCAGCAUGAACAGAGUCCAUGGAAUCAGUAUUUUGAAGAUUCUGAAUUAAAAAAAUUGAUAAGACAGGAUGUCAUCCGAACAUUUCCAGAGGUCGAGUUUUUCCAGUCGACACGAAUUAGGGACAUGAUGGUGACCAUUUUGUUCUGUUAUGCUCGCCAGAACCCAAAAGUUUCUUAUAGACAGGGAAUGCACGAAGUAUUAGCACCCUUCAUAUUUGUACUUCAUUGUGAUCACCAAACACAUCAACAUGCAAAUGAAAUGGAUCCAACAUCAGUUGACAAGAAAUUUCAGUUAAUUGAUAAGGAAGAACAACUUGGAACAACAGAGGAGGAACUGCCUUGCAAGAAAGAAUACCCUUCUGUUUUAUCAGAAGAAGAAUGCGAUUACAUAACUACACUUCAGGAACUGAUGGAUGAAGCAUACUUAGAGCAUGAUGCCUACUGUUUGUUUGAGGGGGUCAUGAAAGGUCUGGAGCCGUGGUACAUAGUUAGUGAACAUCUGCAGCAACCAGAUCCUCGCUCAAACAUUAUAAAUGCUCAGCCAUUUGCACGACCACAGGAUAUAGGACCAACCAAUUUAUUAGUUCAAAAAUUAACAAGUAUCCAUGACAACUUGCUGCAACGCCACGACGUAGCAUUGUAUAACCAUCUUGCACGUUUGGAGAUUCCUCCACAAAUAUAUGGAAUCCGAUGGGUACGCUUAUUAUUUGGGAGGGAGUUUCCUUUACAUGACUUGUUGAAUGUAUGGGAUGCUAUUUUUGCUGACUGUCAGGCAGCAUUCCCUCUUGUAGAUUUUCUCACAGUGGCUAUGUUGUCUUUCAUCCGUGAACCUUUACUUGGUGGAGAUUACACUACCUGCUUAAAUUUCCUGAUGCGGUAUCCAGCGUCUGCAGAUGUGCAGUACAUAAUAAUGCUGGCCUUACACCUACGUAAUCCAAAACAAUAUCCAAAGCCAGCAGGUUACUCUGGUUCUGCCUCCAGGCACAUUCCUACUGUUGGAGGGAGACCAGAUGUACAUCGGGGCCCUCAGAUAGUGGCAACAUCUGCAACUAGUCAAACGAGGUCAUCCAGUGUCCCGAGAACACAGCCCCAACACAUAGGUAAAAAGAGAUCCACCUCAGGCGAUCAGGCUCCUAGUGUUGAGGAAGCAUCCUCGGGCAGAAGAUUAUCUUCCCCCAAUGCAUUUACUGAUCCUCUAAAUGCUGCUGUGAUCUUCAGCAAUAGCUCGAAUGUCAGCUGUAAUAAGAUUGGAACCAGUGACAAUUUGGAAAAUAACCAGGGAACAACUCGUGCCAGUAAGGUUGUGUCUGGUCUGGUGCGACUGGGAGGAAAACUGGGUAGACCCAGAGAGCUCUCUGUAACGCGUCACCAGUCCUUGCAGUCUCCUCCAUCCCCUUCACCCAACACAGUCGCUUUUGUGAUGUCUCAGGGGCCAAAUGAUGAAGUAACAGAGUUAACUCCAGCAAUGAAGGAACUAUCUGUAGUUAGGACCAAGUCUGCACCAGUGGCCAUGAAGAGUGAUCCUUUGACAAGUCGGUGUGCUGUUAGCCAUUCUUCAGAUGAAAGUGAGGAAGAUAGUUCAGAGAGAAAACAGUCUGCUGACAAUAGUUCAGAGGUGGCUGGUAUGACUGUUGAAGAUUUAGCAGCAAUAUGUAUCGGCUGUGCUAUGAAUCUAUCGCAUCACACAGCUGCUCUGAAGACUCGACUUGCCCAGUUGCAAGUGCAGCCAGAUCUCACAGUUAGAACGGCUCUUGAUGGGAUUACAGAGGUGGUAGAAACGCUGUCUGGAGUGCGAACACAACUAGCUGGCUCAAAUGGCGGAUCCAAUGGUUUGAUGUCGGCUCCUACUCAGCACCAUCCUUUAGAAACCAAUGAUGUUAAUGAACAAAUCACUUGAGAUGCCUUGACCUGCAGUAUUUUAAAAUUUUUGGAAGAAUUUUAUAUUUAUUGAAUUUUAUCUUUUUAUCAGAUAUUUCGGCUUUGUGCAUAUCAUUCCGUAGGAUCAUUUUUAUUUUGAAGAUGGUAAAUAAUGAAAAAUAGCAGUUUUAUAUUUAUUUUUUAAUUACACUGGCCUUGAUUUAACAUCGUAACAUUUAGAUAAUAGUAUGUUCUGAUUGACUGUUGGAACUGUAUCUAGGUAACAGUGUUAUCAGUUAGUCUACUCAGAACUAAUUUCUGAAUUUUAGAUUUUAACAGAACAAAAUCCCGCCAUUUUUAAUUGCCCAAAGUUUUAAUGCAUUUUAGAAAGUAUAAAUAUUUUCUAUAAAUAGGUUUUGUUGCCUAUUUUUAAAACUAUAUAUACACAAGAUGUUUAUAUUUGAAAUAAAAUGAAUACAAAUAUAUAAGUAAUGUUGUGGACUUACAAAGAAGUUCUUUUAAAACAGUUUUUGCUUGCCAAUAUUAAAAUUAUCUUGGUACUGGCAGCAAAAAUGUUACCCCAGUGAUAGUUUUGUGUCAUUUUCAAGUUCAGACAUUUAAACCAUAUUUUCGUGUAAGUGACAUAACAAGUAGUUACAUAGCUAUAGUUUUAACCUCACAUGGCAACUUUAAUUUUAAAAAUUGUAGUAUCUCUUCAGUUGUUUAGUGUAGGUGACAGGCCCUGCCCACUGCUGGGAAUACUGAAAGUGACUUGGCAGAUAUCUUUAUUGUUUUUCUUCCUGCUCUUGAGGAACUCGGGGGUUUGCCGCAGAUUUUGUUACUUGAUUUUUGGUUAUAUGGCUGGAUUUCACUGAAGUAUUAUCACUUACUUGAGUAGCCCUCAAGCUUUAAUAGUUCUCAGGAUCAUUUUUUAUAGUUCUUUGAUUAUUGUUACAGUCAACCCCCGCUAUUUGUUGAUUAUUAUUACGGUUAACCCCCUGCUAUUCGCACACUCACCUAUUCAUAGAUUUCUCUAUGGAACAUGUACUAUACACAUUAUUUGCAGAGAAAAUUUGCUAUUUGUGGGAUUUUUCUGAGAGAAAUAUUCACUAAUUACUGUAUUUUCAUAUUUUCAUGACUAAAUGCACUUUUUUUAAUAAAACUAAUAAAAUAUUCAGGUAUAAGCCUUUUUAGAGGGCUUUGUUUUUCAUGCAAACUAUCAAAAUAGGCAGUUCUAAGGGUUUUUAGAGGGGUUGUAAGUAUUCACCGAUUUUAGUUAUAUGUUGGGGGUGUGGGUUGUUUGCACACAUCCCCCACAAAUACUGGGACUGACUGUAUGUCUGAUUUAGGUUCACCUAGUUUCGCUAUUGCAGUGAAAGUUGCAAACCAGUUUGAUUGAAUCUUCAUGAUUCUCUUACAAUUUGCAGUAAAUGUAGUGGGCAGAAAUGUAGUAAGGAGAAAACUUGUGCUUAAAAUGUAAUGAUUAGUAAGAGUAGAAAAUACUUCAUCUUAAUUAGACAAUUAGAGAGGGAUAGAAAGUUGAAACCAGCCUCUAGAGCCAAGAAAUGAGCUUCCCUUACCCUAGAAUUCCACCCUAGCCUAGGUUAGAAGAUAGCCCUGCUAUUCCAUCUUCCCAUCUUCCAAAUUUUUCAUCUGCUACUAACCCUCCUACUUUUAAUACACCUAGUCCUGCAACUGGCUCCCUAGCUUAUAUAACCGGUGCUAUUGCCAGUCUAGAGUCGUUUGUCAAGAAAAUUAAACUUAGUGGAAUUCAGUGGCGGAGUUAAGCGCGUCACUUAAGGUGUUAAUGGUAAAACUUAUUCAGACAGUGCCAUUUCUCGCAAGCUGGCACAUGACAGUGCAGUGUUAGUGGAGGAGGUGGCUACUCAUACCCCAAUUCUCCUAGAUGAAGGUUCCUUCUGUACUCCCCUAAACCUUGGAGGAGUUGCACAGUAGAUCCAAGGGAGGUCGGGGGGGUUGGCCCAUGGUUAGUUGCUCCUUCAGCUGUACCUGUUGUACAGACCCAGGUGUCUGUAGGACUAGCACCACUGCCCUGUUCCCCCAACUCAGGUAGAAGACAUAAACCAAGUCCAAGGGAGGCUAAUGGGUUUGUCCACAGGUACUCACUCUCUCAGUCAAGCCCAAGGCACAAUCUCAAGUGCCAUCAGACAGCCAUUGAAAAGAUGUCUCAUUAAAAGGCACCAAGUUUUCGUACGGAUACUUCAAAUUGUCGUAUAAAGGCACAAUAGUUGAAGGUAUGGUACUAGAGUCAAUUUUGUUAUACAUUUCCGAUAAUUAUCAUGUACAAGUGGCAAGCGAGAGAACUUAUGUAUGUCUUGUCAACAAUCAAGCCCAUCCCUCGCUCAGUCCGCUGCAAGAUUCCCGUUUAUGCAGAGGCAACCCAUGGCUCAACCGCCAUGCCAUUACAGGCCCAGCAGUGACACCACUUCCAACGAGGUGGCACAGGAAACAAUUCCUGGAUUCUUCUAGGCUGCUUAAGACCCUUUAAGUGGGUCUAUGUUUAGUUCCAGUUCCAGUUAGGCAAUAUAAGAAGGCCAGUACUAGCCCACAGCCUUCUUGUAGUUACGAUGUAGCUAUAUGGGAGACGGCCACUCCGUGCCUUUUCCGAAUGCCCAGCAGUGUUUUACCAGUUAUGAUUUGCCAUUGGAUGUUAAGCUGUAUUAAAUGCUAAUCUCUUCAUGUAUGUAGUUAUGUUGUAGCUAUAUGGGCGAGCAUCUGGCACCUGCCAGUACUAGUAGUCUACAUCCUCCUUGUAGUCUCACAGUAGCUAUGUGGGACAUGAAGAGGCAAGGAAAAAGGCACCAUCGCACAGUGUCAGCUUCCGAGCACCCAGCACAGUUUUACUAGAUCUCAUUUACCUUUUGAUGCUGGAGAAGACAAGGCUAUCAGAGAUGAAUGUAUUGGGGCUACCCUUUCAACUAAAAGGGUUACAGAGACACAGAAGUCAACCAUUUUGUUUUGCUGUUGGAACCCAUCUCCUUUUCCUGCAGGGUACUGUGAGGAAAAUUGAUUCGGACCUCCUAGAGGAGCCCACUCAGGCUCUGGUGUCGACAAGAGACCUUUUACUGUGGACAGAUCAAAAUAGUGAUUUUAGUCACUUGAUUUGUUUGGGCCCUUGCAAGAUGCAGGUAUCAAUUUUCUAUCAGCGUUUACCAGGCUAAGUGGGCACUUUUCCAAUCUAGUGUCUCAGACGGAUGUCCAUUCUUCUGAGACAUCUGUGACCCAAUUGCAGAUUUCCUCCUUUAUUGAGGAGACCUAGAAUCUCUCGUCCUCCUCCAUUAAAGGAUAUUGAGCUAUGCUUAAGUGUUAAGCUCAGAUACCUAGAUCUUUCAUCAACCCAAAUCUUAUCGACCUCAUAACGUCCUUGGAUACAUCCAAGUAAAGGAAGGAAGAUCCUGUCUCUUGAAAUCAGUAUGUAGUGUUGAAGUAGCUGACAGGUCCCUUUUUUGAACCCCUACAUUCCUCUUCUCUGAAAAACCUUUUUUGGAAGACUAUUCUUGUGGCCUUGACUAUAUUGCAAAACAUAUUAGUGAGAUCCAAACCAUCGAUAAAGGAAGGAUUUUCACAGUACCGGAUCUCAAGACGCCUGGCACCAGCUUCCAAACAUCAAGUGCCAAUUCUUCAGUACAUGUCUCCUUCUUAUGAGUGCCAAGCACCUGUUUACAGACAUGAAUCUCCUCUUUUACUCAAUGAUAAGCCAUUGUUGGCCCCCAUUAAACAGCAGUUAGAUGAAAUUAUAGAUUUUUUUCAAAGAAACUCCCUCCAAGAUGGUGCGCUCUUUGUUGUCUCCAUGAAAGCUCUGAAGGAAGUAGAUAAUUAACUUUUGGCUAAGUGAAAACAAGGCAAGCAUCCUUGACCAUUCCUCCCUCUCUUUUAGUAAAUAGGAGAUAUCUGUCCUUUGACACUGGGUAAGCUCCUUCUUUUGGAAUCACUGCUGCUUAUCAAGGGGACUUAACUGACCUCAACUAAUCUUCCUGACGCUUUUGAGUUUUCGUUGUCAAAGGUUAUUUUUCCAUCAGCCAUACUAGUCCAUCUUGUUAAGUAUCUCUUCAAGGUGUUUGAGAUCUUCAGUCUCUUGGACUGGAUAGUCGAAGCUAUGAUUAAGGAAAAUGGUAAUUUGAAGUAGUUAGAGAACAACAUUGCCUUGGACUGGCUGGGACUACUAUCUGGAGAAGACAAGGCUAUCAGAGAUGAAUGUAUUGAGCUUUCUGCUCUUUUCUCCUUGGGAGUUUUGAAGAAUGGAAUUAUGGGGCUACCCUCUCAACUAAAAGGGUUACAGAGACACAGAAGUCAACCAUUUUGUUUUCGCUGUUGGAACCCGUCUCCUUUUCCUGCAGGGUAUUGUGAGGAAAAUUGAUUUGGACCUCCUAGCUAGAGGAGCCCAGUCAGGUUCUGGUGUCGACAAGAUACCUUUCACUGUGUACAGAUCAAAAUAGUGAUUUUAGUCACUUGAUUUGUUUGGGCCCUUGCAAGAUGCAGGUAUCGAUUUUCUAUCGGCGUUUACCAGGCUAAGAGGGCACUUUUCCAAAAUAGUGUCUCAGACGGACGUCCAUUCUUCUGAGACAUCUGUGACCCAAUUGCAGAUUUCCUCCUUUAUUGAGGAGAUCUAGAAUCUCUCGUCCUCCUCCAUUAAAGGAUAUCGAGCUAUGCUUAACAGUGUUAAGCUCAGAUACCUAGAUCUUUCAUCAACCCAAAUCUUAUCGACCACAUAACGUCCUUGGAUACAUCCAAGUAAAGGAAGGAAGAUCCUGUCUCUAAAAAUCAGUAUGUAGUGUUGAAGUAGCUGACAGGUCCCUUUUUGAACCCCUACAUUCCUCUUCUCUGAAAAACCUUUUUUGGAAGACUAUUCUUGUGGCCUUGACUAUAUUGCAAAACAUAUUAGUGAGAUCCAAACCAUCGAUAAAGGAAGGAUUUUCACACUAUCGGAUCUCAGACGCCUGGCACCAGCUUCCAAACAUCAAGUGCCAAUUUUUCAGUACCUGUCUCCGUCUUAUGAGCGCCAAGCACCCACUUACAGACAUGAAUCUCUUCUUUUACUCAAUGAUAAGCCAUUGUUGGCCCCCAUUAAACAGCAGUUAGAUGAAAUUAUAGAUUUUUUUCUCAAAGAAACUCCCUCCAAGAUGGUGCGCUCUUUGUUGUCUCCAUGAAAGCUCUGAAGGAAGUUGAUAAUUAACUUUUGGCUAAGUGAAAACAAGGCUAGCAUCCUUGACCAUUAGUCCAUAGGAGAUAUCUGUCCUUUGACACUGGGUAAGCUCCUUCUUUUAACUGACCUCAACUAAUCUUCCUGACGCUUUUGAGUUUUCGUUGUCGAAGGUUAUUUUUCUAUCAGCCAUUCUAGUCCAACUUGUUAAGUAUCUCUUCAAGGUGUUUGAGAUCUCCAGUCUCUUGGACUGGAUUGUCGAAGCUAUGAUUAAGGAAAAUGGUAAUUUGAAGGAGUUAGAGAACAACAUUGCCUUGGACUGGCUGGGACUACUAUCUUGAGAAGACAAGGCUAUCAGAGAUGAAUGUAUUGAGCUUGCUGCUCUUUUCUCCUUGGAAGUUUUGAUGAACGGAAUUAUGGGGCUACAUAAGCAAAGUUUUUAAAAUUGAAGCUGCUGCGGGAGGUUGAAACUAUAGCCAUGAAGUUCUUGGUAAGUAUAUAUGAAACUUAAUUUUAUUAUGAAAUUGUAAUUUUUUUUACUGUAGCGUUCCAUGAAAAAGUCUGCAAAUAUUUUUAUUCUUAGAAAUACCAGAAAAUUGUCUGAAUGUGUCACAUAUUUAUUUAUUGAGCUAGAAAUUGUGGUUUACCAGAUAUUGGGACCCAUUUCUUGUUAUUAAAUUAAAUUAAUUUGUUUUAGAAAAUCAGGAUUAGAAAUUUAGAUUUGUGCCCUUUCAGGAAAUUGAAAGAUCUUGCAGUAUCACUCACUGGUUCUAAUUAAAAUGUUAUUCAGGAAUCAUGUAAGUUACAGUAAUUUCCAAAAAUCAUUAUAUAAAUGGUAUUCAAUAGAUAAUUUCCAAAAAUCAGUAUAUAAAUGGUUUUCAGUAGAUAAUUUCCAAAAAUCAGUAUACAAAUGGUUUUCAAUAGAUAUUGUUAGUCUAGGGAGAUACCAGUAACUUUAAAAAAAAAAAAAAACCACUGUUGCCAAAGAACUGUAACCCAAAUCUUUUCCAGUUCCUCUGCAUUUUGCAAUUGCUGUGACAUGUUAUAAAGGAAAAAGUCAAGGGUACUCUAUAAAUGGAAGUAAAGAUACCUGUAAUCCUCCUCUAUUAUCAUAGUACUGCUAAGCAAGUUUGUUCUGGUAUUGUCACAUCAGCACAGUUCUGUGACCUCAAAAUGCUUAUGUACUUGAAAGAGGAAGGUUUCAAGUUCAUUUCUUGUUUAGAGGGACAACUGUAAGCAUGUACAAAUAGGUCCUGUUCUUGGACAGUCAUGUAAAUUUUGUAAGAUCGCAUGUAGCCAUUCCAUUUUGCAGCGCAGACAAUGUGAUAACCAUGAUGCAUUCUGUGAUAAAUUUCCGUGAUUUAUGGUAGGGUAUAAACAAAUCUCUAUCGUACAGUUCAUUCUUAGCAUAGUGUGUAAAUGAAGGCCAGAGUAAGUAAAAAAAUUAUUUUUAAAGAAACAUUUCAAACAUUUGUGGCACGAUGGAAAACAUUUUCUGAAUUUGUGCCAUAUUAAAUCAGCUAGUCAGAAUUGGGCCAUAAUUUAAUUUGUAAUUUGUUUUAUUAUAGCCAAAUUGCAUAUGAAUUAUCUUGUGAAGGCAUGUAUGUGCUGUGCUGGUGUAAAUGCAUUUUAUAAUGCGGUUUGCAUAUUUAGAUGUUCUAGACUAGUUCAUGUACCAGAUAUCUUCCACUACAAAAAUAUGCAUGAAUAUUCAGAAUUUUUUGGAAAUAGAUGUGGAAAGCAUAAUGCUCAUUGCACUAUGCAGUAUCAGUUUCAGUAAUCCAUUUGUUGCUCAUUGUAAUGGAGUAUAGAACUUUUAUUUGCUCAAUGUCCUGAGUGUGUUGUUUAAUGAUAAACCUCAAUUGCAUUGUCUGAAAUUUUUUAGCUAAAUUUCUUAUGUUACUUUAUUAGCAAAAUACCCUUUUAAGUAUUAUGAGAGGUAGGUAUUUUACAAUUGAUGUAGUGGGUAUUGUGAACAAGUUUCAUAUCAUUUAGCUGUAUGACUUGAUUUUGAUGUAAGUCAUUUCUAUUUUGUAAAUUAGAAUGAAAGGCAAUAUGUUGAGUAUGUAUUUUACCUUUUAAGGAAUGUUAUCAACUUUUGGUCUCUGUGAUAUUAACAUUCCUUCAUUGUCUCAAUAUUGUACAGUUUUUAUUAUAAACAUUAAAGCUGA